CGCUAGGUGCCCGGGAUGGAGCCGGGGGAACAGGCCGACUGGAUGCGGUUCCUGCGGAAGCUCAAGGAGGUCUUCGACGUGUGCGACGAGGACGCGGACGGCUUCAUCCGGGUGGAGCAUUUCGUCGCCCUGGGGCUGCAGUUCGGCCAAGGGGAUGAGGUGGAAAAAUUGGCUAAAUACUUGGACCCAAAUGACCUGGGAAGAAUCAACUUCAAGGAUUUCUGUCAUGGAGUUUUUGCUAUCAAAGGCUGUGAAGAGUUACUGAAGGAUGUGCUGGCUGUCGAAAACCCGGGGUGUCGGCACUAUGAGCCGCAGUACGUGGAUUACUACUACCAGGGUAGCGAAAUCCAGGACGGUGCCUAUUUGGACGCAUACAGUGAGUCAGAGCUGUUUCCUGAUGAAGACACGAUGACUCUAGCCCAGCAAGAGGUCCACCAUGAGUCCGACAUGGACAGUGCCAUCGAGAGCGCGCAGAGCUCUGAGGCAUCCGACGUGUGUGGCAGUGAAGAGAAGGACAGCGUGCUCAGUGGACUCUUUCUGCCUGUAGACAAGUCAAGUCCUCACAACCCCUCUGCAGCCUCUGACCUCUCCACCUAUUCCACUGCCUCUCUGAUCAGUAACGAGGAACAAUUUGAAGACUAUGGGGAAGGAGACGAUGUGGAUUAUACUCCCAGCAGUCCAUGCCCUGAUGAUGAGACCAGAACCAACGCCUACUCUGACCUUGGCUCAUCUGUGUCUUCCAGUGCUGGGCAAACGCCAAGGAAAAUGAGGCACAUUUAUAACAGCGAGUUAUUGGAUGUCUACUGCUCACAGUGCUGCAAAAAAAUAAACCUGCUUAAUGACUUGGAAGCGAGGCUGAAAAACUUGAAAGCAAACAGCCCCAACCGAAAAAUCUCAAGCACAGCUUUUGGAAGACAACUCUUCCACAACAGUAACUUCAGCAGCAGCAAUGGCAGCACAGAGGACUUGUUCAGAGACAGCAUAGACUCGUGUGAUAACGAUAUCACUGAAAAGGUCACUUAUUUAGAAAAAAAGGUGACAGAACUGGAGAAUGAUAACAUGACAAAUGGAGACCUGAAGAGCAAACUGAAACAGGAGAACACACAGCUAGUUCACAGAGUUAAUGAACUAGAAGAACUGUUGAAAGACCAGGAGACAUCAGCUGAACAAACGCUGGAAGAAGAAAUAAAAAGGCAUAGAGAAGCAUACAGCAAGUAUGAAAAAGAAAAGGGCACUGAAAUUGAACUGCUAAAUACAAGGGUUCAACAGCUUGAAGAAGAAAAUGGUGAACUCAAAACCACCGUCACACGACUGAAAUCGCAAACCGAGAAACUAGAUGAGGAGAGGCAACGCAUGUCGGAUAGGUUAGAAGACACCAGUUUGCGGCUGAAGGACGAGAUGGACUUGUACAAAAGGAUGAUGGACAAACUGCGACAGAACAGACUAGAGUUUAACAAGGAGAGGGAAGCUACUCAGGAGCUCAUUGAGGACUUGCGAAAGGAACUGGAGCAUUUGCAGCUGUACAAACUAGACUGUGAGCGCCCCGGCCGGGGGAGAAGCUCCUCGUCUAGUGUGAGUGAAUUCAACGCAAGAACGAGGGAAGUGGAAAUGGAGCAUGAAAUUAAACGGCUAAAGCAGGAGAAUCAGAAACUUCGUGACCAGAAUGAUGACCUUAAUGGACAGAUCCUAAGUCUUAGUCUUUACGAAGCUAAGAAUCUCUUUGCAACACAGACAAAAGCCCAAUCACUGGCUGCUGAAAUCGACUCUGCAUCAAGAGAUGAGCUCAUGGAAGCUCUUAAAGAACAGGAGGAAAUAAACUACAGAUUGCGACAGUAUAUGGACAAGAUUAUUUUGGCCAUCCUAGACCACAACCCAUCUAUCCUGGAAAUAAAAAAUUGAAGGACAAAAAAAGCAAUUGCCUGAUAUUUCUGCACAUGCCACUGGAUCUAAACAUCACUCUGAUACUGUAAAUGAUUCUAUAUAUAUCUUGUGUGAGUGUGGUAUGUUUUAUAUGAUGUCUGGUACACUUAUCUGUGAGUCAUCAAAUUGGCUUGAUUCAUUCAUGCACUUUCAAUAUCUGACAAGAUUGCUACUGUAUAUUAAUAACAGUAUAACUGGAUCACGGUGUUUUAGCUACUGGACAUAAUGACUCUACCUCUGGUUGUAAGGGUGAAAUACAAUGGAAACAUAUGGAUGUCUCCCCCUCCCUUUAAGAACAAGAAUUGCUCUUUCAUUCUUUCAAAUGAAUGAGGGUACUCCCAAAAAUUGGACAUAUCCAGGUGUGAUUCCUGACUGGUGCUGACUACAUCACUCUCUGUUGAAUUUAGCUUUGCCAGAGCUUUACUACUGAAACCACAAAGAGGUAAAAAUAAACCUUUGGUCAAACCUGGACCUUUUUUAAAAAAAAAAAAAAAAUCUGGGGGAGGGGAUCAAACCGCAGAAUUGUUAAUAUCCAUGUCAAAACACCAUCCACUUGUUUGCCACUGUCAGCAAAAAGUGCUUUUAAUAUGAAGGCCACAUAUCCAACGUCAGGAUGAUUGCCAGUCUGUUGUCUAGUGUGUGCAUGUGUAUGUAUUGUGCCUGAGUCCCUAUAGCAUUGAGGCAUUGCAAUGUAUGCCCUUAUUUUCAGGGGUUUAUCACUGGGCCAUUUUAAAAUUAAUUCUGGGAUCCUACUCCUCUGCAUUUUAAGGUUUCAACCAGGGAACACAUUCUGUUUCUUUUAAAUGUUAUGGACUGCAUGCAAAUCCACUUCAUUAUUUUAAAGAAAAACUUUAACUUAAACAAUUAGCUUAAUUCCCUUCCCCACCACCAAAGCACACUGUUGCACUCCUGGGGGGCAGAGGGGGAGAGAGAGAAUGGUGGGAUCCUCCUACAGUUUUGCUGUUGGUUAAUCCCUGAUGUAAACUAAUUUAACCUUUGAACGGUUAAAAGUAGAAAGCACACUUAAGACACCAGUAACAGGUAAUGUGAAACAGUGGGGUUGGAACACACUGCACAAGAGCUUGCAUUCACCACCCAAAUUACCCAUCCCAAAUACUAUAUCCCCUGUCUGAAUAUGCACACAUUCAUAUGCUCUGAAUCAGGAAAGUACAUAAGCAUUUGCUUAGCUUUGAGCAUAUACUGUACUUCGAUCCCAUUGGAGUUAAAGUUAAGCACUUGCAUAAGUGCGGUCCUGACUAGGGAUGGGUUUAAACACCAUUUACGUGCUUCCUGAAUUGGGUCCAUUUCUUGUAGAAUUAAGACCUUUUAACUAAAAGUAAAAUCAGCUAGAAGUUAAAUGCUGUGGAAUUUUAUUCCAAGCACUAAACGUUUGUUUAAAAAAAAAAACUAAAAAAAUGUACACGCUUUAAACUUAAACGGGUGGGGGAGGAAAAAAUCCACCCUUUGUUUCAUACCAAUUGGCAGAAGCAGGGAAACUCUUUCUGGUCCAUUUCUCUGUAAUCAAAUACCUGGCUUUUGCCUACGUGCAUAGAGAUAUUUUCUUGUUUGUUUUAACACACUCCUUGGAAAUGGACUGUUGCAGUAGAUAUGACUGAUUUUCUGUAUAUACUUGCUGUUGGCAGUUUCUCACACCUACCAUUGUCUUUAUGUAUUUUUGUUUGUGUAUGUAAUGCAUUUUUUCCGUAAUCUGAAUACCUAGAGCAUGUGUUGUUACCGAUGUAAAUAUAGAUAUAUAUUUUCUGCA